CGACGAUUAAAAGCCAAUGCUCGAGAACGAAGUCGCAUGUCCAAAAUGAAUAUAGCUUUUGAAGAAUUAAGACGUCUUGUACCUUAUUAUCCCAAAGAUGGUAAAUUAACCAAGUUGACAACGUUACGUCUAGCCAUGAGAUAUAUUAGUGCAUUAAGUGAGUUAUUACAAGAAGAU